CAGUUGGUUGAAGGAACUCAAAUUGGUCUUGAUGGCCUUCAGCGAGCUUGCAGUUUUUGCGCUGAAGUGUUGAUUUCUAACAACUCCAAGAAACCAGAAAAUUUACUGUCUAAACAUACUGUUCGAUCAUUAAAUGCAGAUAAUGUUUAUGGUUUAAAGAAAAAUAUGAGUUCAACAGAACAAAAACUGAAAACCACUUUGUCAGAUUCUAUUCCCACUAAUGUUAGCCAUCUUUCUAACCAAAAUAUCCGUAUGAAUAAUAGUUUGGCGACUGUGUCGAAUGCAAAAGGAUUGCUAAAUUCAACUUUACGCUUCCGCAGACAAACUGUAGAUUCAUUUAUGCCGCGUUAUUCUGUUUCUACAAAUUCAACAGAUGAAGGUACAGAUUUAUUUCCCGCCUACGUUUCAACAACAUUUACUAGUGGCAGCCUUACUGGUGGUCUAUCAUCUCCACCUGAGUCCACUGAAGAAAGAAAACAUCAUACCAUGGGAUCAAGUGCCUUUCAUGUAAUUCAUCGUACACCAUGUAAAAAGAAAAACCUGAUUUUAGACAAUUCUACAGAUACUUCUGUUCAUAAUGUUUCAUUUAACAAGUUAUCUUCGGCUCAUUCAUUCGAAUGCUUACUCAGCAGUACAUCAACAUCAAUAUUUGAUUCAGAUCAAGAAGUGUUCCUCUUAUGGUUAAAACUCUGGGCUAAUUCUUCACAGGAUUCUUCAUUUCCGCUUACAGCUACUUCAAAGUUAAGUACUGUUUCAACUGAAUCGUAUGGUCUUGUGCAUAGACAUUCAAAUGAGAAUUUGACAAAAGACGACAGUUCGUCUAAAUUGUUACAGUUAUUUAAGUUGAAAAAAGAAACUGAGGAAUUUUAUUGUGUUUAUGGUCUAGUAUUGGUUUAUUGGUUAGUCAAUAACAUUCCCGAAUUGAAACGCUGUAGGAUGAAAGGGCGUAUUGUUUGUCAGAAAUUUAUGGAUCUUGGUCUACUAACUGACCUACAGGACUUUAAUUGCAAAGAAUUUCAUGAUGAUUUCACAAUUUAUAAACUGAAAGAGAUUGAUUCACACAGUCGAUCUUAUCAUGCAAUAAGCCCGAGAAGAAAGACAACAAAUUCAAUUUGUCUUAACAAUGAUUUACUUCGUCUUAACUCGAGUACUUAUGGCAGUACAAUUGGAAUUGAUGAACCUGACUGGUUAUUAGAAAUUAAUGGUCAUGAUAAUAAAAGCUCUGGAUCUUCUACACCCUUUUUAAUGGAAGGUUUUACUGAUGGUGAAUCAAAACCAUCUACAGUUCCUUAUAAUGAUUCUACUGCGACCAAUUUUGAAGUUGGACAAGAUGUUAGUCGAAUGCGAGAUUACAAUCUUGAGGGGUCUGAAUCACCAAAGAAAUGGCGAUAUAUUUCACAGUUAACUUCUGCUAUCAGACAGGAAUCAAAUGCUUCAACACAACUUGAUGCUAGUACACGAAUAAGCAAGCAAGAAUAUAUUUAUAAUAUCAAAAGUAUAGUCGAUGAAUACAUAUACCAGUUGGUUUUACAAGAUGUUCGGGAUAAUGCUUUAGAUCCUUAUUGGGUUCCAGUUUUAAUCCGUUUGGCUUGGGAUGUCUGUCAUACCGUUCGCUUCGAUUUACGAUCCACUGGUAUGCGUUACUUUCAGUUUAAUCGGCAACAACAGCAAAAACAGCAACAUUCAACGUCUAAUGAAGCUGCAAACAAUCACGCAGUACAAAAUAGUCCGGCAAAUUCUAAUCUUUCUCGUAAACAAAAUUCUUAUUCACCAAUGGAUAUCCGAUAUUAUGUACAUAUUAAAAAGCUAUUAGAUAAAGAUAUGAACAAUUCAAAUAUAUUCUCUGGUACUAUUUUUUCUCAACGUCCAACUCAUAAAUUAAUGCCAACUGUUUUGAAUAAUCCACGAAUACUUCUUUUAGAUUCAUCUAUAAGUUAUCAAAGGACCACUUCUAAAAUGGCAUGGCUGGAGUCUCAGAUUAUGCAGGAAGAAGAAUAUAUCACCAACUGUGUAUGUAAAAUACUUUGUUUACAUCCAAAUAUCAUAUUUGUUAGUGGGACUGUUUGUCAUAUAGCACAGAAUUUUAUUUUCAAAUCAGGAAUUAUCUUAUUUUCUAAUGUGAAACAAUCAGUGCUAUAUCGUAUUGCUCGAAUGACGGGUGCAGAUAUUUUAGAUUCUGUUGAUCGUUUAAUGGGUAAUCCUGCAAGGAAAUCGGAUAACAACCUUCAAAAAUCAUCGACACGUCUUGGUGUAUGUCAUCAUUUUGAAGUGAAACAAAUACAUUUACCAGAUAAUUCGACAAAAUUUUUAACCUUCAUUGAAAAUAAUUCAGGCGAAUCUGGCAUAGCUCCAAAUCCCUCUGAGACUAAUACACCUACAAAUCCUAUUCGAUAUAUUACUCAUGAAGCAACUGUUAUUCUACGUGGGCAUGAUAUUGCUUCAGUUAUUCGUGCAAAGCGUUGUUUUCUAUUUGCACUACGUUUAUGCUAUAAUGCUCAAUUAGAAUUAUCCUAUUCAAAUAAUGAUCAUAAUUUUUAUCUAUCUAAUGUAUCCAUCAGUCAAGGAGUACAAUCAUCAAGGAAUCGUGUACAAUCUCUUCAGAAAACGUGUGUUGGAUACAGUAUUGACGAUACAUUAGUUUCUUCUCCAGUAUUAAGAAAAAAAGCUUUGACUUUACCAUCUAGUGUACUUAAUGCUAAUUCUACUAUAAAUGAGCAGAUUAUUGGUGCUCAAUGGAAUGAAUCAGAUGGUAGUGCGUGUUCAGAUUUAGCAAUCUAUUUAAAUGGACGUCUUUUAUCAGUUUCACCGAGUGUUGAAUUCCGUUUACCGUAUUUAGCGUCUAGAGAAGGUGAACUAUCCUAUUUGUACGCCUAUUAUACAUAUGUAGUUGAUUGGUCAUUUGGACGCAGAUUGAAUGAUUUAAUGAAACGCAAACUGAAAGUUGUGUGCAGUGAAUUGAAAGCAUUUGAAUACCAUCGUAUAAAUGCGAAGGUAAAUAAUCACAGUUUAGAAGACAGCAAAGAUAUUGAAUUAUAUCAUCCAUUUACAAAACGGAAUUUAGAAAUUUCUGCAUCUAAUAAACAACACAGUCCGAAAUCGGAUCGUUAUAAUUCAUAUUUUUCUGAUGAAGAUAUGAAAAACACCUAUGCACUUGAUGGAAUAAUCAUUUCUAAAACACUUACAUCAUCUGAUGAAGCUUUGUAUACUGAUUAUAAAGCUCGGGCGUAUAUGAAUUGCGUUGAAAAAAACAAUGGAGAUGGUUCUCGUUCAUUUCCACGUCUUUGGGCUGGUAUAGGUAGUAUUCUAUCUGGUCAUUGGGAUACAUUAUUUAAUGCAGAAAAGUUUAAAUCAUUGAAAUCAAAAUUUUUUGGUUCGUCUACAACAACUGCUGGUUUUUCAGCUAAUUCUGGUGUGCAGCUUUCUUCUGAAUCCGAAGGUAUAAAACGUUUACGACGCAGUAUUCUAGAUCCACGUUCAUAUCAAUCUCUAAGCUUUUUGGCAUUAUUAUUUACACCGAAGUGUAUUAUGCGACCAGAACCCUGUGUCCCGCCUAUAAUAGCUACAGUGGAGUUUUAUGGUCAGAGUGAUUUACCGCUUGGAUUAUUUUUGGAAAAGUUUUGUUUUAUGCAACAACAAUGUCGUAAUCCGCUAUGCAAUGUACCAAUGUCUGAGCAUAUCCAAAGAUUUAUUCAAACCUCAGGAUCAGUGCAACUUACGAUAAGCAAGUUGACACAAGAUCCAUCUCGAUCAGAUGCUGCCUUAGGAGAUCCAACAACUCUAUGCAGUAGUAAUGAUUCAAAAUCACGUCCUAAGAGUCGGAUACUAAUGUGGUUAUUCUGUCCAAUAUGUCGAAUGAAUUCAGCUACCAGAUAUAUGUCUGCUGAUACAUGGCAUUUAUCAUUUGUAAAAUUUCUCGAUAUAAUGAUUAACAGUUCUAAUGAUUGGGCUCGUUGUGGUAUGAUUGGUAAAAAUUCAUCAUAUCCGCGUAGUACUUCAGGUAAUGAAUUGGAUUUAGUUGAAACACAGAAGCCGUCGUCACCUUCGACAGUUAGGAGUGGAGGUCAGAAUAUGGAAUCGGUGAUAGAUUUCAGUUGUACGCAUUCUGUUCAUAAGUGUUUGCAGCAUUGUUUUUCUUUCGAUAGAAAAUUAGCUGUUUUCAAAUAUCAACCUGUUAAUGUUUAUGAAAUUGUAAUGCCUCCUAGCGAGAUUCGUGUUUUCCCAGCUAAAAUCAAUAUCCCAAAGUUGGACAGUUAUAAUAAUAAUAAUAGUUCUGUUACGCAUACAAGGCAAUCGUCUGUUGAAAAUAAGUCAAUUACAAAUGAUAGUACAUACUGUAACCGUACUGAGAGUGCAGAUGUGACUAAUCAAUCUCAUAAUGUAUCAAACAGACAAGUACAGGAAUCGAAAAUUGGUACUACUGCUACUACUACAACUACUAACUUACGCAAAUCAGUUGCUUUACCAAGUUAUCUGUUUACAGAAGCAUCUGAAGUUUUAACAAAAUACUAUACUAUACACACUGUUAUUAAAUGUCAUAUUGCUAAUCUACAAAAUGAGACAAUAUCUUGUGAAUUAUCUGCCAUGCUUGAAGCUUAUCUAAAAGUUCUCGAAUCUGAUUCUAGUCGCAUUCUAAUGGAUGAAAGAUCAGAAUUUUUAAAUUUUCUUCUCUAUCCAGACGAUGGUUUUCAGCAUGAUGAGAAGCCUUUGAAGAAACAAGAUAAUCAUACCUCGGAUAUAUCACAGCCUUUGUUACACAAUUUAGGCUCACUUACCCUUCAGUCAGUGGACAACAGUUCUAAAUCACAUGAUUCGGCUAAUGAGAGCAACUGUGAAACCAUAAUGAAUUUAACUGACCAGCAACCAGCUGUAUCAGAUGUAAAUCAAACCGAUUCUGCACUGACUUCAGAUCUUAAUGGUAAAAUCGUUUCCAGUAGUCAAUCAGAACAGCAGGCUAUACGAAAUCACUCGAACAGUAUUUCUAGUGAUAAUAACAGCUUUGGAGAAACAACCGGAAUGCAUAAUGUUACACAGAAUGGAAUUCAAUAUCACGAUUGGAUGAGAGUAGCAUCCAACUUAAAUCCUGUUGAACUAACAUAUAUUGUGCAAAGAUUAGUGAAUGAAUUGAAACGUUGGAUAUAUCGAUUUGUUUCUGAUUGGAAUUUCAGAUAUCAACCUGUUAAUGUUUAUGAAAUUGUAAUGCCUCCUAGUGAGAUUCGUGUUUUCCCAGCUAAAAUCAAUAUCCCAAAGUUGGACAGUUAUAAUAAUAAUAAUAAUAGUUCUGUUACACAUACAAGGCAAUCGUCUGUUGAAAAUAAGUCAAUUACAAAUGAUAGUACAUGCUGUAACCGUACUGAGAGUGCAGAUGUGACUAAUCAAUCUCAUAAUGUAUCAAACAGACAAGUACAGGAACCGAAAAUUGGUACUACUGCUACUACUACAACUACUAACUUACGCAAAUCAGUUGCUUUACCAAGUUAUCUGUUUACAGAAGCAUCUGAAGUUUUAACAAAAUACUAUACUAUACACACUGUAAUUAAAUGUCACAUUGCCAAUCUACAAAAUGAGACAAUAUCUUGUGAAUUAUCUGCCAUGCUUGAAGCUUAUCUAAAAGUUCUCGAAUCUGAUUCUAGUCGCAUUCUAAUGGAUGAAAGAUCGGAAUUUUUAAAUUUUCUUCUCUAUCCAGACGAUGGUUAUCAGCAUGAUGAGAAACUUUUGAAGAAACAAGAUAAUCAUACCUCGGAUAUGUCACAGCCUGUGUUACACAAUUUAGCCUCAAUUGCCCUGCAGCCAGUGGACAUCAGUUCUAAAUCACAUGUUUCGGCUAGUGAAAGCAACUGUGAAACUAUGAUGAAUUUAACUGAUCAGCAAUCAGCUGUAUUAGAUGUAAAUCAAACCGAUUCUGCACUGACUUCAGAUCUUAACGGUGGUCAAUCAGAACAGCAGGCUAUACGAAAUCACUCGAACAGUAUUUCUAGUGAUAAUAACAGCUGUGGAGAAACAACCGGAAUGCAUUAUGUUACACAGAAUGGAAUUCAAUAUCAUGAUUGGAUGAGAGUAGCAUCCAACUUAAAUCCUGUUGAACUAACAUAUAUUGUGCAAAGAUUAGUGAAUGAAUUGAAACGUUGGAUAUAUCGAUUUGUUUCUGAUUGGAAUUUCAGAUUUAAUGAAUACGAAUUACUAAUGAAGCGGAUUGAGAAGAAUAUUCGUGAUACACGCAAAAAAGGCACAUCAUCCAAUGCUUCUGCAACACAUACAACUUCUGCCAACCAGCUGUCAAUAAUCCCUCAUUCAACUCCUAUUCAAAUAGCAGUUACAACAACAACCACACCAGCAAAAGAGGCAAUGGCAACAGCAUUACAAACAACAUCUGCGAAAACCUUGAGUAAUGCGAAUAGUAUGAAUAGUCUGUCAGAUACUGCAAAGUUCAGUGUAUCACUUCAAGAAGGCUCAUCUCAAUGCCAUGAUAAAUUAGAAGAACAUCUUUCUUCGUCCAGUAUGACGAGUGGAGUCCCAUUCCAAAAACCGGUUCAUUCCCCUGCAUUCGAUCAAAGUGAGACUAUAACAUCAGCUAAUUCAAGUAAUAACAUUCCAACUGUUACACAAACGCCUUCAGAUGACCACCCACUAACGACGACUAGUUUACUUGAAGUGAAUCAGACCACGAAAAAUGACAAUAAAACGUAUAAAUAUAUUAAAAGCACUUCAAAACUGAAUUCCUUCAAGGCAGGUCUUUAUACCUUCGGGGACAAUAGUCAGCAUGUAACUCUGCAUAAUGAGAGUAAAAGCAAUACAACGGAUGACAAUGUAGCAGUUGAUUCUUCUAAACACCUGUCGAUUUUGGAUACUAUAAAUAUGAAAGCUGUGUAUCAACGAAAUGAUCCAGAAAUUCCUGGUUCCACAUUAACCUAUCAGAAUCAUCAUCAAUCAAACAAGGCGGAAUCUACUGAUCACCAUAUCCGACCUGCAAUUUCAAGUCAAACUAAUCCUUCCACAUCUGGUGUACGUCGUUUCAUUCAUACGUUUCUCUCUUCAGCUAUGGAUUUAAAAGUGUUCGGUGAACCAGUUCCAGCAAAUGAACAUCCUCAAUUAAUUGUUUGUGAUGAAAGUUGUAUAACAAUUUUAAAGCAAUUCUAUAUAUCACAGAGUCUUUCAAGCGAAUCAACAUCUAAAGGUAGUGAUUGCAGUCGGCCACCUGCAUCUGUUUGUCAAUUAUUACUAGCUAAUCCUGAUGUAUAUGUUAAUGAUCGAGAGUUCACUUCAAUCAUUGCUUAUGCCUUAACCACGUCAGAAUAUGAACGGAAAUUGGUUGACUUGCACUCCACCCUUCAAGUGUCGACACAGCUUACUUCAGAUGUUCAACUUGGUCAGUCAGCACUCGCUAAUUUUAAAGAGAUUGAGGAUGAGUCAACUACUAUUCGUACAGAUAUAUCAGAUUUGGGGAAUGUUGAUGAACAGGAAAAAGCUAAUGUUAUUCUGGACAAUGAAGUGCCUAUAGUUAAUCCAGGUGACUAUGAAUCUUCUGUGAAAUCAGAUAUUCAUCAAGAGGUUAACAACAGUAAAGCGCCAACGUCAUCACACUUAAGUACACCUCGAGAUCAAAAGUUGUCAGGACUGACAUCAUCACAUUCGCCUAACUUACCAACUGCUGCUCAUCAUCCUGCAUCAUCCACAUCCUUGGGAAAUGAUAAAUCAAAUGUAUCUCGAAGUCGUCAUAUUAAAAUCCAGUUUUCUGAUAGCUCGACUAAUUUCUUUUGCUGUAUUUAUUAUGCCUCCGAAUUUUUCCGUUUACGCCAACUUGUAAUGCCCAAUGGAGAUAUGUCUUUCAUACAAUCCUUAUCAAGAUGCUAUCAUUGGGAUGCACGUGGUGGUAAAUCCGGCUCUUUGUUUAUGAAAACUCGGGAUGAACGAUUUGUAAUCAAAGAACUUUCAUCAAUUGAGAUGAAGACAUUUCAUGAGAUUUCUCAAGAAUAUUUUGAUUAUCUAAUCACGGCAGCACUUGAUCAGCGUCUAUGCGUAUUGUCACGAAUACUGGGAAUAUUUCAUGUUGGAUUCAAAAAUUCCGCUUCAGGUGAAGCACAUCGAUUUGAUGUUCUUGUGAUGGAAAAUCUAUUUCAUGGUCGUACGCAUUUAGCAUACAUCUACGACUUAAAAGGUUCUCUUCGUAAACGAUUAGCAGAUGAAUCAUCAAAUAAUAUUACACUUAGUACAAACACAGCUACUUGUAAUACAGAUCCAGCUCAAGAAAUGGAUGAAACUGUAUCAAAUUCUGGGAUUUCUUCUUCUGGACUUGCUUCUUCAACAAAAGAUAAUGGUUCACCAUCAGAAAUUGAUAAUAAACAUAUACCGGUUCUCUUAGAUCAGAAUCUAUUGAAUGCUUCUAUAGACAAUCCAUUGUACUUGAGAGUACAUUCAAAGAAUGCUUUAUCACACUGUUUGAAUACAGAUACAACAUUUUUAGCCAAUUUAUUCAUUAUGGAUUAUUCACUAUUGGUUGGUGUGGAUACAACAUCUAAUCAACUUGUAGUCGGUUUAAUUGACUAUUUGCGUAAAUUCACCCUAGACAAACGCUUAGAAAUGAUUAUUAAACAGACGAUAACUAGUGCACAAGGUCCAAUGCCAACUAUACUUACACCUGAUUUGUAUCGUGAACGUUUCCUUUAUCAACUGCACAGUUACUUUCCUCUACUACCUGACCAGUGGUAUGAUAGUUUAGCUGAGCAUACAGAAGGUUGGCGUGUACGUACACGACGGAAACCAAUAGGCAAGAAACAAUGAGACUGUUCACUGUUAUAUGACCACAUAUAAUUCAUAUGAGAUGAACUGAUCAUGAUUGUUAUUAUUAUUAAUAUUAUCAUUAUUAUUAUUUACUACUGAUAAUAAUAUCUUAUUAUUUUCUACUUCUGUGAUCAUUAUGUUUUGUAAUUAUUAAAGAAAAAAGAUUAUACUAAUAUUAUUUCUAUCUCAUUU